UAGAAAAUACAAAGACUGGAAAUUAAUCACCCUUCGCCAACUCCAACCGCCAAUUGAAAUUUAACUUCUACAUCUAGAAUUGUCCUAUAAAACUGUUCUGUGACCUAACCACGUCCCCUACUCGUAACCCAAUCAGUUCUCCCCACACAGAGCCCGUUCCCCUGCAAUCAAGGCUUCCUUUCUUCAUCACAGUCGAUUCAUCUUCACAUCAAUCUACAGUUAUCCCUACGCACAUAGCUUCUUCACAUGCGAUAUGUAAAUUGGGAGAAACUUGUUGAUACAUUUCAGAAACUUCUGGAGAGAGAGUAGCCAGAUUAUAGAGAAAUUGGAUGAUCGCUAGACUUGAAGAGUUUGUGUGAUCAAGAGAACCAUAGAGAGAAUGGGUCCUGGACCUGCAUUUAUUGCUGCUGCUGCCGCUGCUGCUGCCGCGAAACAAGCUGAACUAUUGAGGAUUGAUGGCAAUUCCUAUUUCAGAAAGGACCGAUUUGGAGCCGCCAUCGAGGCUUAUACUGAGGCAAUUACUUUGUGCCCUAAUGUUCCUAUCUAUUGGACGAAUCGGGCUCUAUGUCAUCGGAAACGGAAGUAUUGAUUGGACUAAAGUUGAAGACGAUUGUCGCAAAGCGAUUCAACUUGACCACAAUUCUGUCAAGGCCCACUAUAUGUUGGGACUUGCAUUACUACAGAAGAAUGAGUUAGCUGAAGGAGUAAGGGAAUUGCAAAAGGCUCUGGAUCUUGGUAGGGGUGCCGACCCAAUGGGUUAUAUGGUAGAAGAGAUCUGGCAAGAGCUUGCAAAAGCAAAAUACAUGGAAUGGGAGCAAGCAUCUACUAAGCGUUCAUGGGAACUACAAAGCUUGAAAGAAGCCUGUGAGAAUGCACUUAAGGAGAAACGUUUCCUUGAUAGUUCUCAAACAGAAGGAUUUUUGGACGAGACAAUUGCUCCCCAUUUGAAAGAAUUGGAGGAUUUAGGACAAGUGUUUAAGAGAGCUGCAGAAGAUGACACGCCAACCGAGGUGCCAGAUUACCUAUGUUGUAAAAUUACACUUGAUAUAUUCCGUGAUCCUGUCAUUACGCCAAGUGGGGUUUCAUAUGAAAGAGCAGUGAUCCUUGACCAUCUUCAGAAGGCGGGCAAAUUUGAUCCAAUCACGCGAGAACCACUUGAUCCAUCACAGCUAAUUCCAAACUUUGCGAUAAAGGAAGCAGUCCAAGCAUAUCUUGACAAACAUGGUUGGGCUUACAAGAUGGAAUGAAUAUGAUUGUUUGGGGGUUUACUGAAAAAAGACGUUGAUAUUUGAGCUCAAUGUCUGAGGGGACUAAUAGUAGUGAGGCAGAGCUAAUUCUCUCAAACUCAUGGAGCAUCAUCAAUCAUAUUUGGCAUGUAUUUUUCGCUUGUUCUUCUGUGUGAUCAGUGAUGCCAUGUCACUUGUCAAUUGUGUAUGAGAUCUCUGUCAUCUUUUGAACUGUACAGUUAAUUAUAAUUAUUGCAUCAUUUACUGCUUGUA